AUGAACAGCAACAGCUGCGUUGAUUUAACUUUGCAGCAUACAAACAAACAUAAAGUAGAUAUUUUAAUUGAAUCUUACAUUCUUAAACAAACAGAAAGAAGUUAUAUCAUAGAAUCUAUAGAUCUAAUGGAGGUGCUGCACAAUGCACGUAAGAAUGUGGCUUUGCAAAUAACUGCUUUGUAG